UGACGUUCUAAGUGCAGGUUGAAAGAGCGGCGGUUGUAACUAUGGUGGCCGGGGAAUAUAGGAUAGUUAGUGGAACCCGGUUUAGUUCCUGUUGUAUAAUCUGCUCACCAGGGCAGCUAUUUAAACAUUAGUAUGAAACGGCCACAAGUUCCGGCGUUAACUUCACCGUUCGGGUUGUUUCUCUAAAUCCUCUGAAGAUGUCCAUGGACUUUGGCAGUGUGGCUUUGCCAACCCAACAUGAGGAUGAGGAAUAUGACAGAGAAGAUUAUGAACGAGAGCAAGAGCUGCACCAGUUACUGUUGACUGGUCUUCCAGAUGACAUGCUAGAGGACAGCAGAGACAUUUCUUCUCCAGAACUGAAUUACUCUGGCUGUAUUGUCACUAACGGGGGUCAACAAAUCUGGGAACAGAAGGGAGAUUGGAAUGAACAGGAAAUAAGCAACACUCCAAGGGAUAAAGAUAGUUAUUCCACUGAAUAUCCAGUACACAAUGGACAGAAUGGACCAGCAAGUUAUCACGGUUACAUUAGUGGACUGGCAAAUCGUAAUGGACAAAAUGAAGAGUUCCAUGACCAAUUGGGGAAAAUACCAGAUUACUCUCCAAGUCAAAGGGACCAACGAGAACGUUUGCAGCAUUUUAUUGCAAAUGAACAUAUUUCUAAUGAAGAUGUGGAGCUAUACAAAGUGAAGUAUAACCCUUAUCCAGCUGCUCAUCCACCUAAAGGGGCUAUUAAAGCAGAUGAAACAAAUUUAGACAACAGACUUGAACAACUGCAGAGUAAGUUCCUGGAUAGUGGAGAAGCUUCUACAGAAGCCCAUCAGUUUGCACAGUUACAGAUACUUUACGGUGCACGGGGCAGGCAGUUGGAGGAAAUGCAGCACAAACAGGAGGAGUUUGCCCGUGAGAUCAGAUAUUUGAAUCACCAGCUUGCCAUGACCAAAGGAGAAAAAGAUGGUGUUGCUAUUAGCUGCCAGGAGUUGCAGAAGUUACUUCAAGAUGCAAAAGAGCACGAAGUUCACCUGGAAGGCCAAAUUAAAGCAUUGGAGUCCAGAGUUCAAGACCUGAGUGCCAGUGAAGAAGAGGCACUGAAGAACCAGAAGAUUGCUGAGGCAGCCAUGGAAAGUAUGCAACAACAGCUAACGGAGCUCUGUCGCUCAGAAUCUCUCACUCGUGCCAGAGAGCAGCAUGAAACUGUCAUUAGUGCACUUAAACAAAAACAUGAGGAAUCAAUCUUAGUCAUGCAGCAGGCACUUGAUGCGACUAGCAUUGCUUUGGAAGAACAGAAAGACAAUUCUAAGCGCCUUGAGGAACAGGUGAAACAGUUGCAAAGACAACAGGAAGAAGCCAAAUUGGAGAAAGCAGAAAUAAUUAAUGGGCUGACGAAAAGUUUAGAAGCAAGUCAGCAGCAGUGCAGGGAUUUACUGCAAACAGGUUCAAUGCAGGAGAUCACACAACUUCGGAUCCAACUUCAGCAAGUUCAGUCUGCCAAGAACAUCAGUGACAGCAUGAACAAGGCUUUACAGGAAGAGUUGGCUGACUUGAAGGAACAGAUUACUAUUUAUGAAUCUGCUGCUAAGAUUGAUGCUCUUACUAAAGAUGUGCAGGGAGAACUAGAACUUCCAUUAUCAGAUUCCUACAUGGACCUUGGUAUCAAGAAUGGGAAUUGGAAAAUGCCCAGGUUCCAAAGUGAUGGCAGAAACUCUUCUCUGUUGGGCACAAUGCGGCGAGGUGGUUCAGAUAAAAUGUUGUUUAAGGAUGAGAUGAUAAUGGAACUGAAGGCUGAACUGGAACGAUCACUAAGCAGCAUCAGAACAAAACGUCAUCAAGUGACUCAGUUUCAGAACGAAAUUAAAGAAAGUCAAAAACAAAUAGCUGAGCUAAAGGAGCAGUUACAAAAUGCUGAAAAAAUGUCAAGAAGUCAUGAGGUGAGAGCCAGCGCAUUAGAAAAGCAGCUGGAAGCAGUAGGACCCUGCUCAUCUACCUCUGAAAAGGCUCUCCGAGAAGAAGUUGAGAAGCUGCAAUGUGAAUUGAAGGUUUUACUCAAAGAAAUUGAGAAUAAACAACAGCAGAUUGAAAAACUAACUGAUAGUGAGAAACAAUUUAAAGAAGCAAAUCAGGAGUUAUAUAAUGAGAUGCGUCAGAUGAUUCAGGACUUUGACCAGGAUAAGCAAGAGGCAGUUGACAGAUGUGAGCGAAUUCAUCAGCAACAUCAUGAAGAUUCCAAAUGUCGACUUCAGCAGGAUCUGCUGGAGCAGCACAAAUUAGAGAAAGCUCAACUGACUGAGUUUUAUAAACAGCAGAUCACACAAGUAAACAAUCACCUGGAGCAAUUGAAUCACGAGAUGUCUGGAGUGCAAGAGUGCUACAUUACCAUCUGUAAAGAAAAAGACUCCUUGGAGAGCAGAUUGAGAGAAGAAAUGUCCCUCAAGUUAUCAACAACUGAACAGGAAAUGAAAAAGGCAUUUUCAGAAGAAAUGAAAGAGCGUUUGAGUGAGCUGCAGGCUGAGCUGGAAGAACAACACAAAGCUACAAUGUUAGCUGCAAGGGACCAAUGGAUGGCAGAAAAAGAAACUGAUAUUGAGCAGCAAAUUGAGAGGCGUGUUGUGCUGGUCAAAACACAGUGGCAAGAAGAACAACAAAAGCUUAAAGACCAAGCAAUACGUGCAAUUGAGACAGAAUGGCAGCUUCGUCUCCAUAAGACUGUGGAAGCAGUAGAGCAAAAGACUUCAUCUAAGAUGGAUCAAACUUGUCAAACUGAGCAGUUCUCUGGCACAGAAGUUUAUACGUCCCAAGAAUUAGAAGCUCGGCUAGCUAGUUUAAAAAUGACAUUGGAGCAUCAAGCUAAGGAGGAAAAUAUAAUGGCAGUUGGAGAGGCCUCAAAACAACUUGAACUAGAACUGCAGAAAAAGCAUGAAGAUAAUGUUGCCAAACUGGUUGAAGCAGCAUUAACAAAUGCACGUCGUCGUUGGUUAGAAGAAUUGACAAGCCUGCCUGAAUACAGAGCCAACUUACAAAUUGAGGAGAAGAAAUGGGAGAGAAAGCAUGAACAAGAUGUGGCAAAGCAGGUAGCAACAGUACUGAAAGCAAAUGACGAAAAAUGGAAACGUACUUUGAAAGGAUUUGAGAAAGCUGGGUCCAGUGUGAAAACGGCAGAGCUGCAGGAAAACAUACUUGCUCUAGAACGCAAAUUAGAACUUCAAAAAGAAGAAGCAGCAGCAGCCGCUAAAGCUGAAUUGGCAAAAGUUCGAGCUCAGUGGAAUAAAGCAAAACAAGAAGAGAUUAAUAGAAUUCAUGAACUCAAUGAAAAGGAUUAUCAAACCUUUUUGGCUGAACAUCGAAAUAAACUCAGUGAAAUUCUUAAAGAAGCUAAAGAGGACUUUACCCGACAGAAAAAUGAGUUGCUUGCACAAAAGGAGGCAGAAUUAAACCUGUGUCUCCUGGAGAAGCAAAAGGAAUGGUCAACUGAUCAAGAAGAGCAGAUUAAUCGUGAAAGACAGCAGUAUGAAUUUGAGCUUGUUGCUGAAAUUGAACGUUUUCUGAGUGAGAUCUCCAAACACUUUGGAAAGUCAAAAUCUGCAUGUUUUAGAAUGGAGGAAUAUUCUAACACCGCCAAAUCCACAUAUGAGCAGGUUGUUAAAGUGAAGGACCGCCUCCAGAAGGUUUGCGUGAAAAUGGUUGAAGAGAUCCUUGAGACUGUCCAGAAAGAGGAGGGCAAAUUGGAUCUGCAGAAUGCAUUAAAAGAAUCUGCAAGACAACAUGAAAAAUACAAAACAGAAAAGGAAGUACAGCUUAGGAAACUGGAAUUAUCUGAACUUCAGCUUAAACAAGAACUGGAGCAUUUACAGCAUAAGCUGAAAAGUUUUGCACAACAAGGAGAAACCAAAUAUGAUGUAGUUUCUGGAAAGGAAAACUUAAGUCCUGAAUACCAGCCAUAUGAAGAACAAUGCAGACAGCAAGUGCAGAAGUUUCAACAGGAAAGCCAGCAGCUCAAGAAAAAGCUGGAAAAAAUGUAUAAGCAGCUUCAGCACGUUGUUCAUGAACACAAAACUGAAGUACAGCACCUUGAAGAGGAACAUGAAAGAACCAUAAAGAUUAUGCAGAGUGAAAAGGAGGAUCUUAUAAGAAGACUGAAAGAAAGUGAAUCAGCUAGCAGUAAAACAAAUUAUUGUUUACAGGAAAAUUGGAUCUCUGAGAAUUCAUGCAAGUUGAUCUCUGCAAAAGGAUUAGAAGAAAUCCGGCAUCAGUACUUGAGAGCUGUGGACAAAAUUAAAGGAGACAUGAUGCGUUAUAUUCAAGAGAGUAAGGAGCGAGCAGCUGAAAUGAUUCGUACGGAAGUGUUGAAGGAGCGUCAACAAACUGCACGAAAAAUGCGAAAAUAUUAUUUGACCUGCCUGCAGCAACUCCUAACAGAUAGUGGGAAGAAUGACGGUGCUGAAAAGAGAAUUAUGAAUGCUGCUAGCAAGUUGGCUGCAAUGGCCAAAGCUUUAGAAACUCCUCUUCCAAAUCGAAAGCGUGGUAAAGCUGAAAUGCUGGCUGCACAUCCAAAUAUGCAAAGUUCAGAACAAUCUCCAGUCAUUCCUGAGCAAAAUCGAGAGGCUACUGGAUCCGUGCAUGUGCAGGCAAAGCACGUUGAGAAACCAUCUUCUAGUGAAGACCUAGUCCAGAAAUUCAGAAAACACAGAACAGGCAAUGAAAUUCAUAAAGUAUGUGCGCCAUACUGUUUGAACAAGAUUGUGUAUGGUCCAACUGCAGAGAAUGGCACUCCAGAAGAAGAAUUGUUUACAAAUCAUAAACCAGUUACUAUUCAUAAGAUUGAAGGAAAGUCUGGUAUUUUACAAAAGGAUACAACUACCUUGUUGCAUAAGACAAAGGAUAGUCAUCAAUUGAAUGGCGCUGUGUCAAAACCAAAGCUUCACAAAGCUGCCAGUGUUGCACAUUUUCAGAAUUCAGCAAAAUAUCUUUCCCAAAUGUGUCUCAGCAAAGCACAUACAUUCAGCUCUAUUGAUAGUCUUACAGACAGAACGUCUUUGAAAAUGGCAUACAGUCAGGAUGGUGUCUCGCCUUCAAAAGGUUUUAUACAUUAUUCAGAAGAAUAUGUCUGCUCCAAAACUAUGACUGGGACAUCGGAUGUGCAAGAAACCCCUGAAAGAGAUGGUGAUUGUGUUUCCAAUCUUGAAGCUAUUAGGUCCUGUAAAACGGGCACUUACAAUUUUAGGCAGACUGAAGGAAAAACAUGCCAUCUAGAUGAUUGUAGCACACCUAUAGUAUGCACAGGGUCAAGUGGCAUUUCUAAGCCAAUGUCAUCUACAAACUUGAUACAUAAAAUAGAUUCUGUGGCAAAUGGCACUGCACAAGUGUCACCUUCCAUUUCCUCUAUAGCCUCUGAAAUUAGCUCUCUUUCAGAUGAAGAGCAUGCUUGUUAUUCAAGUAAAACAAUCCCAGUUGUGUCAAGGAUACAUACAGAACAAAUACAAAAAGUUGCAGAAAACAGCCUUUCUGUUUUUAACAGGGGCCAGUUGAGUGUGAGGACAAAGCCUCAUAAAUAUAUUAAGUGUACUGAGCCUGAACUCGCACUGAAUGACGGAAUAGCAAAGACAAGCAAACUACACCAUCUGAAAGAAUAUUCCCAUAAGUACCCAUUGCACAUGAUCCCCAAUAUAGAUGCUAUUCAGCAGGACAGUGGAUUUGACAGUCCUUUUCUUACCACUUCUUGACUAAUUAAAAUUAUCUUACGAACAAAUCCUUGAAUCUUUAAGACACCUUUCAGCCACUGAACUAAUUCUACAGGGUUUUUUGAGUAAUCUGUCACUGUUCUUAAUUUACAACAUAAUGAUUCAUGAUUUUGCUAAUAUAUUUGCACAUAUUUAUGUUUCUAAAGUCUAUUUUUAUACCACAAACUGAUUUGUUUUGCUGUUUGGUUUCUAUGUUGGUUUUGGGGACAAAAUGUUUAUUUUAAGAUAUCACGGUAAUAAAGUGCACUUGCUUUUU